UUAAAGAAAAUAUUUCCAGUAAUCCAGAUUUCUGGAAAAUAACAACAUGCGGGGAGACGCAGACACAAACGCCGCUGAAGUUUAUCCAGAGUUUGAACAAUUUAUAAACACAUUUCCCAGCCUGUUUGGCAGGGCGGGCGGCGAGUGACCCCGGCCCGGCCGGGAGGAGACACACGGAUCCUCCAUCCUCCCUUUACUCCGUGCCUUUCUGAGCUGUGAACCUGCCCUUAAUUGAAUUUUAAAUGGAUUUAUUAUUUUUUCUUAGUUACGGAGCGCUCUCCCUGCGCGGGGGCCGAGUGACCCCUCCAGCCCCGCGCCCCCGGGGCUCUCCCCAUCGGGGCUCUCCCGAGCCCGCCCCGAGCCCGCUGCCUUAUAAAGAGACGGGACCCCGGUGCAGAGCGAGGGGACCCGCCCGGAGCCCGGGCCGGCACCGGGGAUGGAGCUGGGAACGGGUGCGGGGAUGGAGGGGAGCGGUGGGGGAUCGUGCAAAUCCCUCUGUUUAAAAAACUUCCAUUUGAGAAAGUGUGUCACAUCCCGGCUCGUAAUCCCGGGCUAAUGGCAUUAUCCUCGCCUCAUCGCCGUCAUGGGAUGGGCUCGGGGCCGGGCACCCCCCGCGCCUCGGUUCUGCGGGGAAACCGAGCCGCAGAUCCGCCCCGCUCCUGGUGGGGAGCCCGGGCUCGCUGUCGCUGCCCCUGCCCGGUCCCCCGGGUCCCUCUCGGAGGCUCCAUCGGCGCCUACCGAUAAUCGGGGUCCCGCUGUUCCAUCCGCGUUCCCCGAGCCAAGCCGGGUCUCGGGGGCCGCGGCUCCUGUCUUAAAUCAAACAUCCCCAGCAAACGGCGUUAUUUGAUCAAAUGAUGCUGUUGGGGUUCCCUCUCUGCUUCCUCUCUGGAUUAACAGCGAGGAUUUGGGGUUGUUCUGCACGGUGCCAGGAGCAGCCAGGACAGGGCUGCCCGACUCCCACAGCCUGAGAGGUCCUGGAGGAACAGGGGAACACCGACAGAACCGGCGGUUCUGGGAGCGGAGAAAAAAAUCACUGGGGACUCCUCAAAAUCCGCUUCUGGGAGGGGACCCUGCCUGUACCUGGACAGCAAAAUCCCCGCGGACAGGGGACAUCCAGGUCUGUCUCCCUUCUUAGUUUUAUUUUCAAACUGUUCCUGAUGGGUGCAGUCCCCUCCCGUUGCCUCUGGAAGGAGGAAGGUUCAAGGCAGCCCCCAGCCCCACGAGGGUCACUCAGCCCCCUGGUCCCCAGUCCCCCUUGCAUCCCCAGGAUCCCUUUUCUCCCUGUUUGGGCCCAGGAGUUUGACAGAAGUUACAGGAUCAAAGGAAGGAUGAGUGAGCCGGCCCUGUGUGGGCAGAGCCGACAGGGUCUCACAUCUUGGCCUGUUUGCUUCAGACGGGAUCUGGGAACUUGUCUGGAAUCACAUCUAAAGCAGGAUCUGACGCCGCUGGUCCUACGUCACGUGCUGGGUUCUUGCACUGACCAUCCUGGGGAAUUUGGGGAUGUUGGCACGGGCAGAUAUUCUGAAACCCUCGAGCCCCUCUUUUCCAGCGUCCCAGCUCCUCACCCACACGAGCUGUGCGGAUUUCUCUCCAGGGCGUGUUUUCCAUGGAUACCUCAACGGGGGCAGCACCAAAUAACAAAAAGAACCACGCUCCUGCCUCUGCCGCGGUGCCCGGGAGGGUCCUGGGGCUCCGGGCUCGGUGCAAAGCUGGACUUGCUGCAGAGAGCAGCAGAAUUUGCCAGAAAACCCAGGGAAAGGGAGGGAAAGUCCUGGCCAGUGGAGAGCCGGAGCAAAGAGCCCACACAUCCCUCGAAGCUUCAGACCGGCACAUCACCACCUGCCUUCAUUUUAGCUCCAGUUAAAAUUCAGUUUAACACUGAAUUGCCUCACAUUCCCCUCCAGCCCUUGCUGUGGUGGGGAUCACCCGCUCCCACCAAAAUCUUGUUCUCUUUUGGAAAACCCCUCCUUGCUGGGCUUCACGGGCAUAGAGGGGAGCUCAGACUUCUGAUCCAAGCCUUUGGAGCUGGUGAGGUUCCUCCUGGAAAAUAAAUGCACGUGAUAUCACAGCUGAUCCUGUGAUCACAGCAGGGUGACACAUGGUGGUUUUUGGCUGUGUCUGGAAAGGGCAGCCCUGAUCCUGCCCAGCUCCCACGGACACUGAGGACUACCAGGAGCGGGAGUCUCAUAGUCUGGUCAGUCACCCGGGCAGGACAAUGGCAUCACUGCCACAUGACAGCUGGACUUUGUCCUUUCGACAGCAAAAAGAGCAAAAUUCAAUGUACCUUGGGAGGUGGCUGCAGCAAAAAGAGCAAAAUUCAAUGUACCUUGGAGGUGGCUGCAGUGUGGACACCCUGGUGUGGGAGGAGAGGCAGAGGAUGUGCCUGAUCUUUCUGGGAGUCACGGGAUGGGUGCAAGGUGGGAUGGGGAGCAGGGUACAGGGCCAGCUCUUCACCCCGGGCUGCAGAUGCUCUCUCUGGUUUUCUGCUUGAACGAAACUGCUGCUCUGAACGUGCUUCACAACCUCCAGCCCACAGCAGACCCUUGCCAAAGUGCUCUCCCCAGGUUGCUCAGGAAGGAAAGCGCUCGGCCAUCGUUCCCACCUCACCCCAGGGGAGUCCCCUCCUCCCGGGGGGAUGCAGAGAUGCUGCGCUCCCCCCAGAACACAUCAGGGUGUUUUUUUACUUAUUAUUAUUUCACUUAUUUCACUUUUAAGUGAAAAUACAAUAGGUUCUCUCCCUGUCCUUCUUCCCAUGGCCCCAGGAGCUGACACUUCCCACCUCUCCAGAGAAGGUUGUGGAGGGAGAGGGGCUGGAUGGGAGAGGAUUAAUGCCCAGCUGGCACCGGGCUGCACCACGGGCAGUGGCAUCACCUUUUAUUAACGUCCUGUAACAAUACUGGAAAUACUCCCUGGGAAAUAAUUACAUCCUAUAAAAGAAGCAGCAACCUGUGGUUUGAGCCAGGACUGGCUCGCAACACUUGCUUUAAAGAGACGUUUCAUGUCUCGUUUAUAGAUGAGGUUUUAACCUGACAAGCUUUUAACAUUGUAUUAAAUUAGAAAUUAACUUUGCACGGCAGCUCACCGUAUAAUUGAGCCACUGAUAGGCCGAGUGCUAGGGAAUAUUUCAGAUACCUUUCAGACAGCAAAGUUCCCAAGAAAAUUCAGAGCCUCCUCCUUGAUCUAGACCAGGGCUUUGCUAUUAAUUACUAUUUAUGAUCAGGUGGCAGGAAUGCUUUGCAUGGAGGGGGAGCUGGCAGGGAGCAGCAUCCCUGCACUGUGCCCAUCCCCAGGGAUGCGACAGAGGGAAGGAGACGGAGGUGACAGGGAAUGCUGCAAGCCCCUGACCCUGCUGUCGGUAUUUUAGUGUAAUUUCCUGCAGCAGAAAUUCCCAAGAAAGGCAAAAAUUCAGCCUGGGAACUCACUGACAGAUGCACAGCUUCAAAUUACAUCCGAGCGCAGGGAGGGAUGGCUGCAGUGGAUGGGGCAGCGUCAGUGCCCAGCAGGACGGGCCGGGGGAGAUGUGGCACAUCCAGCAGCACCCCUGGGCACAGCUGGAGGAGCUGGGCACAGCUGGAGGAGCUGGGCACAGCUGGAGGAGCUGGCACAGCUGGAGGAGCUGGCACAGCUGGAGGAGCUGGCACAGCUGGGGGCACAGGGAGGGUUUUGUCCCCUGCCGUGUCCUGCGCUUUGCUCGCACCGGGGUAAAGUUUUGGGGACAAUUGAAACCUGUCCCCAGCAAGUGCCGAGCGGGGACAAAGCCGGGGACAUCAGCCAGAGCAGGGCUCACCCUGCUGGGCUGGGAGGGCUCCUGAGCCCAGAUUUCCGCUGGUAUUCAAUGAAUGCCAGGGACAGCCGAGGCUGAGCAGCCCCUGGAGGAUCCAGGGCGGGGACACGGGGGAUGCUCUGCCCGGCUGUGCCCAGGUGAGGAUCACAGCUGAACCUCCCGGCCUUUCCCAUUUCUGUUCCCAGAGCUGUGUCCCUACACCCGGGAGCUCGGAGAGGGGCUCCUGCAGUCCCCGGCACUGCACAGACAAUCGCUCGUCCCGGUGCCUUUUCCAUCUGUGAAACAGGCCAAGCGGUGGAUUCAAUUAUUUUUUUCCUAGCACACAGGCCACUAAUCAUUUAUUGCAUUAAAACCACCCCCCCUCGUCUCCACAACUUUUGUUCCCGCUUUAUCCAAUUAAAACUCAGGCUAAAAAAAAGAAGUUUCUUUUUCUCCUUUUUUUGCAAUCACAAAGAGCCGAUCUCAGCCCCAUUGACUCGCUAAUUGUGAGCACUCAAAUGGUCGGGUUUAAAGUUACACUUAGCAGCUGUGAAACAUUAGGGUGAAGUGAUUACAACCUACUGGAGGAUACCGAACAUUUUUACAAUAUCUCAGGAGCAUAAGGGAAAGACAACAGGAAAUGGCGCAAACUUUCCUACCCUGCACAGCAACAAGCCAGAGCGAAGGAGUGAGAAAAUAAAUGCAGAGACGUGGCGCAAACGUGGUUUGGAUGCUCAAAACUUUACUGAGGAAGCUCUGGUGAGAGCACCAUGGAUUUACCCCUCGCUGGGGCGGUCAGGGAGGACGGGGAGCAGCUCCAGGGAUUUCACAGCUGCACUUUGUAGCCACGCUCUGCUCUGGGUUCUCUGCUGAGGAAGGAGGAUGGAGAUCUUGGCAGGAUUCUGCUCUUGGCCAGUCCUUUGCCUUGUCCCAGCAAAUGUUCUGGGCCUGGGGAACGCUGCUCAGGACAGGACAAACCUGGGACAGGGACAGGAUUUACCUGGGCUGGGGCUCAGCAUCCCCAGCAAAGCCACCAAAUCCCGAGCUCCAGGUGCUCUGCAAAGCACCAGGAAACUCUGAUGGUUACACCCAGGCCCUGGACUGGUCCUGAGAUUUGAUUUCAUUUGAACUCCAAGCUGUCACGUUUGGAGAGCCUUUGACUUCCCACUCCUUUUCAAACAGCCCAACAUCCCCCCUCCCAUGAUUUAAGCCCGCUACAUGCGUGUGUUUAUUACAGAAACCAGGGUAGGAUAAGAAAGCAAUAUUUCAUGUUAAUUCAUGAAAUCUGAACUCAACUUUUAAUAGAAGAGCCCCACUUUAUGCCCAGAGUGAUAUACAGUCCGCCCCGCUUUAAAUGAGACGUUUUGCCUUUUGAACUCAGCAGGAGCCCUCUGCUUACGACUACUGGAAAGAGUUUAAAAACCUGCAAGUCCCCGUGUCUCUUGGGCUCUUUGGUUUAUAUCAUGGCACAACAUUCUUGCUGUGCUGCCAGCUGCUGUGCUUGAGAACCUGGCACGUCAGAAACUCACCUGGAGAAUUUCCACAGCGGCAGGAGCCUGCAGAAAUCCUGCAAAGACCAUGAGCCUCUGGUUAUUUUUAAGUGGGGUUUGGAUCAAGUUCCUAGACUGAAAACCUGGUUGUGUUGGAGUCAGGGGUGAACUUCCCUUAAGAGCAGCUUCUAGAGUUAUCAAGGAACAGAAAUAUUCUCUCCUGGUGCCUGGAAAUGAGCUCUCAUAUGGCUGCUGAGGUUGAGGAGGAGGAAGGGUGGUGUGGCACGAGACCACCUGGCACCUGGUUGAAAUGGGGGGGCUUUUAGGGCCAUGGUGGGAGCAGGAGUGUGGUGUGAGUGAAGAACACAGUGCAGGGAUGUGCUGCAUCAGAAAACGUUACUGAUGAAUCAUAUCAAAUAAAGUUAUUAUUGAACCAAAUCCUAUAAAAUUAUCAUUAACUCACACCCUUCAGACCUUAGAGUCAGUGAUAAUUCUGACCCCACAGAGUUAUCAAUGAAUCAGAUCCUAUAAAGCAACACACUCAGUUUUCUCUGGCUCACAGAGGAGCUGGAACUCAGUGGUUAUUCUGCUGGGUCAUCUGUGUAAGUAUCAAAU